AUGUCAUUUUUUUUUCUUUUCAAUAAUUUCUUUACCUUAAUAUCUUGUCUAUUAUCUAUCUAUCUACCUCAGGCUCUUCAUCAUCUAUCUAUCUAUCGCAGCUUUUUCAUUAUCUAUCUAUCUAUCUAUCUAUCUAUCUAUCUAUCUAUCUAUCUAUCUUCCUCGGCUUAUUCAUUUUCUAUCUAUCUAUCUAUCUAUCUAUCUAUCUAUCUAUCUAUCUAUCUAUCUAUCUAUCUAUCUAAGCUUGUUCAUAUUCUAUCUAUCUAUCUAUCUAUCUAUCUAUCUAUCUAUCUAAGCUUGUUCAUAUUCUAUCUAUCUAUCUAUCUAUCUAUCUAUCUAUCUAUCUAUCUCAGGCUCUUCAUCUAUCUAUCUAUCUAUCUAUCUAUCUAUCUAUCUAUCUAUCUCAGGCACUUCUUCUUCUAUCUAUCUAUCUAUCUAUCUAUCUAUCUAUAUAUCAACAAGUACCUUCCCUCUGCUUCCCACACCAAACAAUGUUCUGUCAUCCAUUUGCCCGCCAUGUAUGUCAUGCGUUGCUUCUCUUGUCUAUACUCUAUUCGACCUAGUCGGAGUUCAGACGUUGGGAUGGAAGAAGCCGGGGACGCCGGGGACGCCGGGGAAAUUGGGAAACGAACGAACGGUAGUAAGAACAGGGUGGCGAGGUUGGAUCGGUAG